AUGCUCGCGAGGGCGGUACGACUGCCGCGCAUAUGCCUGGUAUGCCGUCUGGGCAUACUUCGCCAAGCCGCUGCGGUUCCAAUUCGAUGCCCAUCGAGCCCUACGAACAGACGACAAGUACGAUAUGCUUCCGAUUUUUCGCCGCAGAGUAAGGAGAGAAUAGAGGCACUUAUAUCAGGAGCGCUUGACGAUAUUGAAUCGCAUUCCAAGCAUAGCGGUGUAAAAAAAAACCGACUCAAUCAAAAAAGAAAGGGCCAGCAGCGAGGCGAUGUUCAUGAUGAACCUGCUGAAUGGGAACUUGAUCUGGGGAAGGACUCUGGCUUGCCUGACACUGGCGAUACGAAUGUGACCGAAAAAGCGAAUGCCUCUAUUAAAAAUGCGCCGAUUCAAGAAACUGCAACCAGCAAGGAACCAUCAACACCUCCCCGACCGAUGUCAAUGCCUAGAAGCCAGCCUCAUUUCGAUACAGAACAGCUGCGCGACGAAUUCGUGUACCGUCACAGUCUGGGCAUUGACGCUUUGGGAAAACCUGUCGAUGCAAUUAUUAUCAAGAACCCAAACAAAAUGAGGGAUACUAAGAAGCGAACAACUCGGAGCAUGAAGGAAGCUCAACAUGUUGAUGGGACCGUGGCCCGUUUCACUUGGCAGGACGUUAUACCCCAAAAGAAAGAACUAGAAGAAUCAGACUUGUUGAAAAACAUUGAGGAGAUACGACCCAAAGACACCUUCAUUGUCAGAAGGAAAGAUUUUGACAAGUUGGUUGAUUACCUGGUUGAUGGAUUCCUUGCAGCACAGCUUCAAACAUACUUUGACCGUGCAAACUGCAACAAGGUUUUGGUUCAUGCUGAUACAUAUCCGUACUCGUGGCUAACUGAGCAAAGUCCAUGGGCUGCUGCCGAGACAUUGGAUUUGAGCUCGCACAAGGGGAAGCAACUGCAAGCAGUCGCAAUUCUGACUGGAAUAUGGAAACUGGAGAUUCAGGAGCAUAUAGAAGGAAUUGGGAGAACUGUAGUCUGGCUGAAGCCAGAUAUUUUCAAUCUGAUUGCCAAUCCCCAAAGCGGCAUCAUCGGGAGACUCAGCGCCGAUUUCUUGGACAAGUCAAACAAGGAAAUAAUAACUUCAAGACCAGAAGACUACAGGCUAAGCAUUUACGCCCGCAAGUCAACUGUUUCUACGAUUUUGGCACGACUCGACGAGAUUGUGCAGACGAUAAAAUCUCAAACUAUUUCUGUUCAACGAGUAAAUCAAGAAAAUCUAGAAACAUCAGUCUUAAUGGAGCUUGAGAAAAUAACAAAGACUGCUUUGAGGUAUAAUGCAACAACUUCCACGCUCGAUGUAUCAUGGCUCGCCGAAACUGAUGUCUCCAACGGAAAGACAGAAGGUCCAGCUGACAUUGUUUUGAGAUUACUAAUUGGCCGAGAAACCUCAUCACAACACGCAGAUGUUCAUAUUCUUCCGAAAACUCGGCAAAAGAAGGGGGUAUUCCUAACCCAUCAAAGGGAUAAACGAGGCAUGGCUUGGAGAGAUAAGCUCCGGUACUGGUCUCGCUACGUCAAUCCUAUCGGUAAAUCGACAGAGGAGACUAUGAGCCCGGGCUUCCGCGACAGUAUCAUCCUGGAGCAACCCAACGCGUCAUCUCUCAAAGAAAAUCUUGAAGUCACAGCAGUAUUUGGCCACAUCCUGCAUACCAAACAAAGUAUUCGCACAGAUAAUCUGACCAAAUCUCGCCGGGUACUUUGCCCGAUUAUUCCCCAUCCUGCCGCUCUUACUUCAAUCACAGCCGACACGUCUGCUCCCAGUACCCAAAAGACAGCCAUCGUCCUCAAUUUCGCGCCGGAAAGCCCACCAAAAACCUCCCCCCCAGGCACCUCUCAACUUAUUCGUCUACGGUUACCAAUCAGCCCGUUCACCGACCUAUCCAAAUUCUCAUUCCCGGAUGCAUCAGUUCUGGAGGCAGUAAUGCCGUGGCAAGAAAGCGACAUUAUGCUUCCGGACAACAGCGUAGACGUCCGCCUGACUCAAAAGCGACUGGUUUCUCUCGAUGCCCAUCAACAUUCUCUCCAGGCAUUUUUGCAAGCUUCCGAUUUCAACCUCCUGCAAGGGCGUCUCAGAACACCCAGUAGAGCCAGCUUUGCUAUACCACGUUUCUCAUCGAUUGAACAGAGCACCUCGUCAACAGACCUAGUCGCAACACCAUACAUGUUCAUGGGCCUUGAGAUCCACCAAACCAUCGACAUGGAAUGGCAAUCCCACACCCUUCGCUACAGCAGCAUUGAAGCCGGACAGCAUGGCGGACAGCAGCAAAUGCUAUCCCUAGUAGCCGGCCCCCCCGGCGACCAAGGCAGUGCUACCACUCAACAAUUACAGAGUUUCUUGGAACUGGUUGAGGAAACAGCUUGCGGAGCACACUUUUCAUGGGACCAAGGCUACAGACUGAUGAGCGGGCGGUCCGCCGAGCAAUUUAGCUGGGAUAUGAUGGACACGGAAUAUGCCAAGCAAGAUGCUGCUACUGCAGAGGAAACAAAUCAAGGGUUGGGGCCAGAACACGGUCGCGAGGGCCAAGAAGCAGCGUCGCCUCAUCAGCCUCAGCAAGCUCUCGACACCACCAAGAUGAAGAAUGAGGUGACGGAUAAUUCUCAGACGAUCCAAUCGUUGGAUGAGUCGCUACACAAGACGGAAUCCACGCCUGAUAAAUAG